CUCGAACCAGGACUGGCUUGUGUGCACAUCAUGAUCAUGGAUGUAACCCCGCGUCUCUAGGCGGGUUUAAAUAUCCUCCUGGCUUUGGUGGCCUAGACGUGGCACAAUCAAUUAGAAGCUACUGAAUGGAUGGGAUUCUCAGGUUGUCUGAACUCCACACUCUGCCUUAGCAGACUAGGUUCAAUAGAUUCAAUCCCAUCACAAUGAGAUUGCGGACCGCUUGUGACCGUUGCAGGUGUCGAAAACGACAAUGCAAUAGCACUGAGGAUGGGGGACCGUGUGUAUCAUGCCAGUCUCGGGGCCUUCCGUGCAGCAUCACAAUUCUAGAUGCACCCUAUGUGCCCCAAAUCGGGGACAUUCGUUCAGAGGAGCAGACUUCUCCAGCGAAUGGCUCUACUAUUAGUGCCUCGUCGUCAUUGUUUGUGGAAGAUAUUCUACGGAACGAGCUGGUCGAUCUCUAUUUCAAGCUCAUUCACGACAAGCAGCACAGUCUCUUUCAUCCGCCAACCUUCAUCGCCAGCGUGUAUGAGGGGAGGGCACCGAUGUUCCUUGUGUUUGCCAUCAUAUCUUUAGCAGCAAGAUUCUCGGAGAAUCCUUAUUUUCAUGGCACUGAUCCAUGGUCGCGCGGCCGUGCUUGGGCUGAGGAGAGUAUACGCCUUUUCGAUCGUCGCACGACUCCCAUUUCAAUCGAGGCACUUCAGGCAUGCUCUCUGCUACUCCAUAUUAGCUUCAUAGAAGGAGACAUGGAGACUGAAUCACUGUAUGGAGCUCUUGCAAUCCGCAUGGCACAACGCUUGGAACUACCGAAAGUAUUAAGUAUGGAUCGAGUUGAACGAGAGGUUCAAAUUAGACUUUGGUGGACGACAUGGUCGAUGGACAAUUGGUCAUCUGCUGGUGCACGUCAUCCAAAGCAACUCCACUUGGAACCAAGCUACCCAAAACCAAUGGAUGAUCUAUCUUUCGAAUUACUCAAACCAGGGCCCGUUGAUUUUGAGAAAGAACGACGGAUUGAAGAUGUGAUCUUAGAGCGAGAAUCAAGCUUGUGGGCACAGAUGAUUCCGUUGACUGAUAUGAUAAGUCAGAUCGAAGAACUACACGAAUUAACGGUACGAGAUCCUAGUAACGAUAUCGACAUCUAUAAAAAAGCAACACUUCUUGCACACCGCUUAGAUUCCUGGUUGCUCCGACUACCAGAAGGAUUGAAAAACACGCCGGAAAAUUUCAAACGAUACCACCAACUAGGUCACGGUCGAACGUUUGUUUGGUUACAUCUACACUACCACCAUCAUAGUCAACUUCUCUAUUACCAGUUUCUCCAUUACGAUCCAAAGUCUACUCCUGAUCCUAUUAUGAGAUAUACUUACGCUAAUAGAUGCAAAGAGCAUGCGAAACAUCUGAGCUCCUUAUUAUGGACAGCUAAUUCGACAUUAAACUGCGAAUGCGUCUGGGUAGUGACUGGCCAUUUGUUAGUCAUCUCAUCAUCAGUUCAUUUACACACGCUGCUCUUCGCCACCAAUGAUCAACAGAUAGAGGAAGCAAAGCAAUUCUUGAAGCAAAACUUCGAAAUGCUGAUUCGGUUGCGAAAGUACUGGCCACUGCUCGACCUAUCACUGAGUAGACUGCAGGUUUUCCACGAGGCGUGCAGGAAGAACAUGAACACGAGCUUUAGAAUGGACAACUGGAUGCUCCAGUUUCUGCAGCGGUAUACUCGGCCUUGCGCGUGGAAAGAUUCGGAGCCCAUUGAAGAAACUCCGGUCGAUUGGUCACCGUCAUCUCAUGAAACUCAAGGUUAUAUUCAUCAUUUAACAACUGGAUCUGAGAUACUAAAUCGAUUUCUCGUCUAAUUUUAAAUCACAUCAUAAUUCUCAUACUUGAAGUUUACAACCC